AUCUGUUGGUUGCUGCAUCGUUACUACAGUUCUCAACUUAUCUGGAUCAGGAUGAAGUCCUUUCACUUUCAGUACAUGACCUAUGUACUUGGCUUCAAUCAUCUUCAAUUGCAUUAUUUUCUUGAUCAUUUCAGGGAUGUUGACGAAAUGAAGACAGUAUGUCAGGAGGUGGGUUCCAUCAGUGACACCAUCUUUGACAUUCGUUUCAAUCCAAAUGUUUAUUCAUCAGUUGUAAGAUUUCAUGAAUCUGAACAAGAGGCUCUGCAACUUCAGAAGCGAUUGAUGAAGGAAAUUGCAGCUUUCCUUUUGACUGUACAAAUUCCCAGUUUUAUCAAAGACUGUGUGAAUCAUGUCACUGUGCCUAUUGAUGGUAGAACAUUGACAGAUGGCUUGCACAAAUGUGGAAUUAAUAUUCGAUACAUUGGUAAAAUAGCACAGCUGAUAAGCCAGUCAGAAGACAAACAAUAUCUGGAACAUAUCUCUAGACUGUUAAUCAGCGAAAUCAUCACUCGGGCAGCAAAGCACAUUAUAGUCCUCUACCUGCAGGUUGUGGAGAUAUCAGCAUGCUCAUCUGCCAUCAGUCACUUUCUGAACUGCUUUCUGAGCUCCUACCCUAAUCCUGUUGCACACCUGCUUCCAGAUGAACUUGUGUCACGCAGGAAAAAGAAUAAGCGAAAGAUGCGGAUUCCUGGAAAUGACACAGCAUGGGCUAAUCUGACUCCUACUGAGCUGUGGAAACAGAUUAACAAUGAAGCUAAUGAAAGCUUUGGCUAUGCCUUGGCUUGUGACGGGAUUGAUCAGGUGGUGGAACGGUUUGGUUUGCAGAAGGUAUCCCUGCUGCGUGAGUUCUGCAUAAAAGCUGGAAUUCAGAUUCUUCUGCGAGAAUAUAACUUUGACAGUCGUCACAAGCCCACCUUCACUGAGGACGACAUUCUCAACUCCUUCCCUGUGAUCAAGCAUAUCAUUGUGAAGGCAACAGAUGCUAAUCAAGUUUAUAAGAAUGCACAAACAACAAUUCAGAAAGGAAACAUUAAGGAAGGCCUUGAGUUGCUCACUGAAUCUUUAAACCUAUUCAACAAUGUGUAUGGAGCCUUGCACCCUGACAUCUGUGGUUGUUUAAGUCUUCUGGCACGGGUCAGUUAUAUCAUGGAUAACAUCCCUGAGGCUAUAAGCAACCAGCAGAAAGCUGUAAUAGUCAGUGAGCGGAUUCUUGGCUUUGAUCAUCCCAAUACCAUCCAUGAAUAUGCCCGCCUAGGUCUCUACUGCUUUGCAAACAACCAGGUUUCAAUAGCCCUGAGACUGCUGUAUCGCGCUCUCUACUUGAUGCUCACUGUCACUGGCGAAGAUCACCCGGAAAUAGCUGUUCUUGAUAGCAACAUCGGCCUCAUGCUCCAUGCUGCACUGGAUUGUGACCUUGCAAUACGAUUUUUGCAGAAAGCUCUGGAAUUAAAGCUCAAGUAUUACGGGGCCCAGGCUUUGGAGACUGCUCUAAGCUUUCAUCUUGUGGCACAAGUUUAUGCUAGCAAGGCAGAGUUCCGAAAUGCUGUGCAACAUGAGAAGGAAGCCUACAACAUCUACAGGACUCAGCUUGGAGAAACUCAUCAGAAGACAAAAGGGAGCUCUGAAUUCCUGAAACAUGUUACACAGCAGGCAGUGAAUCUGCAAAGAACCAUGAAUGAGAUCUACAAAAAUGGAUCAAAUGCCAGUCUGCCUCCAGUACAGGUCUGUGUACCUUAUUUAGUUUACCUCCCCUCCCCCCAGUGUCUUUUCUUAUGGAUCUUGUCAGGUAUGAAAAGAACCUGCUCCCAGCUUGGCAUGUCUUGUCGAUAAGAUCUUUGCCAGGAGAUGUAUUAUGUGUCCCUUUCAGAAAACCAAAAUGCAUU